AUGUCUAUACACCGCGGUCAAUCUCUGUCAGUCACCUCGCGGAACGCGGUGGCUCAUGCAGAUGGCCUUUUUAACGGUUUACGACCACUGCGGGGGGAUGGCAAGGGAGGUUUCAAGGUUCACAUAGUUGGCAAUAGCGGAUCGGGCAAGUCGACGCUUGCGCUCGAGCUGGCGGCGCUGCUCGACUUGCCCUGCAUCCAUCUCGAUCAGCUAUUUUGGAAGCCGGGCUGGCGCGAAAGCACGGACGAGGAAUUCCGUGAACGCGUUCGUACUGCUAUAGAUCAAAGCCCUCGCGGCUGGGUCGUCGACGGUGACUAUCAACGGCGUGCAGGGAAAAUGGUGUCCGAAGAGGCGACCGAUGUGAUCUGGCUCGAUCCACCGCUGAUCCUCUACUUUCCGCGUUUGCUGCUCAGGACGACCAUGCGGUUGUUCCGGCUCGUCCCGCCUUGCAGUCCUGGCUGCGAAGAAAUGGCGAGCGAAGCGUUCUUCUCCCGCAACAGCAUUUUGUGCUGGUGCCUCAGCCAGCACUCAGUGGUGCACAAGCGGGAGGCCGAAAGAUACCGCACCGAUGGUGUGCAUGUUGGCGGCAAGCGCAGGCGCAUUGGCGGCUGGGGAGGAGAACUCGCCGCGUGGAAGCGGGACGUAGAAGAGAUGAUUCGAGCCGCGGGUUCGGAUGUAACGUCCGACUAA